GGACCGCCUACCGGCUGAGGUUGCGGGCCACCGGCCGCUUUUGCAACGCGCAGAGCCAUCGGGGCCUUUAGUUAGCCGAGUAUGUUCCUUACGCGCAUCCACAAGCUGUGCCGGGUACUCGAAUGCACGUACGUGUGUGGGUGUUCUGUGCCGUGUGCUCCACGCCCAGGCCCCAGGUUUCAGGCUCUCUAUGGCUCUCUAUGCAGGUGGCAGGGUUUGGGACUUGCUGAAGGACCUGCCAAAGCAGCGGGAGGAGGCGCUACAGGUGUUUGGUUCAUUUCACUGCCGCGAAUGCGAGCCAGGCUAGAGGGAUUAGGGUCUCGGCCUCUGCACUGUUGUGGCUGCCAGGGAGGCGUAGAAUAGAUGGGCGAGGGUGGGAGAGAGGAUGUCUUCGGUGCAGGUUGCCCAUUAGGGAAAGCGCACAGCUAGGGGCAACACCUCAAGUAGUGAAAUUUCUUGGCAUCAAGCAAAAGAAGCCCCUCCCUUUCCAAAGGAUCUGAAUUUGGGGAGAAAAGUUCGGGUAUUAAGAUACCCGUGUAUUUUGUCUCUUUUUCCUGCACGUAAAUCCUGCAACUAUCACUUACAUGCCUGUCUCCUCCCAGGACUGUCCAGGAGAGGGUGAGGGAGGGGGUGCUCAAGAUGCUGAAAAGAUUUGGAGGGCAGUUUUAUUUCAGCAAAAGCCUCCUUCCCCAUGAUUGUAGUACCUGAUACCUGGUUGAGGGCAGGGGAAGGUAACUGAAUGACUUGGGUGGGGCAGAGUAGUGCCCAGGGGCUGUUCAAACAGACUCAAACGGAAGCCUUCUGUCUUCUCUUUACAGCCAACAUGCCCAUCACUCGGAUGCGCAUGAGACCCUGGCUAGAGAUGCAGAUUAAUUCCAACCAAAUCCCAGGGCUGAGCUGGAUUAAUAAAGAGGAGAUGAUCUUCCAGAUCCCGUGGAAGCAUGCUGCCAAGCAUGGCUGGGACAUCAACAAGGAUGCCUGUCUGUUCCGGAGCUGGGCCAUUCACACAGGCCGAUACAAAGCAGGGGAAAAGGAGCCAGAUCCCAAGACAUGGAAGGCCAACUUUCGCUGUGCCAUGAACUCCUUGCCAGACAUCGAGGAAGUAAAGGACCAGAGCAGGAACAAAGGCAGCUCAGCUGUUCGGGUGUACCGGAUGCUUCCACCCCUCACCAAGAACCAGAGGAAAGAGAGAAAGUCCAAGUCCAGCCGAGAUGCUAAGAGCAAGGCCAAGAGGAAGUCAUAUGGGGACUCCAGCCCCGAUACCUUCUCCGAUGGCCUCAGCAGCUCCACCCUGCCUGAUGACCACAGCAGCUACACAGCUCAGAGCUACUUGGAGGUUGAGCGGGCCCUUACUCCAGCACUGUCACCAUGUGCUGUCAGUAGCACUCUCCCCGACUGGCACAUCCCAGUGGAAAUUGUGCCCGACAGCACCAGUGACCUGUACAACUUCCAGGUGUCGCCCAUGCCCUCCACCUCUGAAGCCACAACAGACGAGGAUGAGGACGGGAAGAUACCUGAGGACAUCAUGAAGCUCUUGGAGCAGGAGCAGUCGGAGUGGCAGCCGACAAGCGUGGAUGGGAAGGGGUACCUGCUCAAUGAACCUGGGGCCCAGCCCACUUCUGUCUAUGGAGACUUCAGCUGCAAGGAGGAGCCAGACAGCCUCGGGGGGGAUAUCGGACUAAGCCUGCACCGCGUCUUCACAGACCUAAAGAACAUGGACACCAGUUGGCUGGACAACCUACUGCCCCCAGUCCGGCUGCCCUCCAUCCAGGCCAUUCCUUGUGCACCAUAGCUGGGUCCCUGGCUAUGUUUUGCUCUCCUAGGCGAGCAGGACCUGGCAUUGUGGUGGCUGUGGUGCAAAGAAGCAAGACUCCUGUGGACCUCUUGACAUGCAGAGUGUGACCCCACUGCCAAGUGGGGAUGAGGCCGCCCUCCUUGGGAUGGUGGCUUUUCAGGGCCUGGCAGGACAGGGUCUGGGCUCAUCUUGUGGGGUAAAGCUGGCCCUGCCUCCCGGGAAGAUGGGGUUCUGAGACGGGUGUCAGGUGGAGAUCUUGGACGAGUCAGCCCUCCAGGUUUCCCUCUGAACCCAGCUGCCUGGAGAGGGUCUCGCUGUCACUGAGCUGGCCUGAGGGAACAGACCAGUGACCUCAGAAAAGCACAGCACCAAGCCCAGGGCUGGCUCUGCACUAAAAGACAAUUGCACUAAGUGAACCUACUCCCAAAGAAUGCCUCCCUUCCCAGCUGAGCCCUGGGCACUGUUCCAAAGCCAGUGAAAUGUGAAGGAAAGAUGGGUCCUGCAGGGCAGUGUUCCCUCAGCCUCGGGAGCCCUGCCCUGCUCCCUGCUCCCUGCUCCCUGCUCAGGCUGAGAGGCUCAGGGAAAAGCAUGGCACUUUUUCUUGUGGAUCUUGCCACAUUUCUGAUCAGAGGUGUACACUAACGUUUCCCACAGGCUCUCAGCCUUUGUAUUUAUUUAUACAGUGCCUUGCCCUGCGCCCACCUGCCCCUCGUGCAGGCCCCCGCAGCCCUCAGCAGGCCCAGGGAGAAAGUGUGAGCACCUUGGUGUGACUUUUAAAAUUGGAAAAGCCUCCUAACCACUAAGUCAUGUAUGACCACAUAUGUACAUGUGUGUAAAUAUGUACAUUGUAUUUUUAUAAAAAGUUAAUUGUU